AGUACCAAGAUGGAAAAGAAUCGGUCAGUCUACUCUCGCAUAUUCCAUGAUAAACACGAUUGGAUUAACGCAUUUGCAGUUCAAUUAGCUGUGACCGUUACCUACUGUCUCUUUUCUGCCGGCGUCGUGUUUGGCUAUGCUGCCAUUAAGCCCGUCCUCAAGACGGAGGGUGCAUAUCAGGAAGUAUGCCGUGGCGAUGAUACUUGCAUCGAGAUCCAUUUGAACCUCAUGUUCACAGUUGCCGCUGUUGCGACCAACGUUGCAGCGUUACCAAUCGGCGCCAUCCUUGACCGCUAUGGUCCCCGUGUAUGUGGCUGCUUAGGUGCCAUGUCACUCGCCAUCGGCUCGCUGGUCAUGUCCUUUGCCCAAGAGCUGCCCUUCGACGCCUUCCUCGUGGGGUAUCUUUUUCUUGCUCUGGGUGGGCCAUUCUUAUAUAUCUCGAGCUUCCAGCUCUCCAACGCCUUCCCGAAGCACUCAGGUUUGAUUCUGGCCCUCAUCACGGGCGCCUUCGAUGCCUCGAGCGCGCUUUUCCUCGUGUAUCGUCUCGUUUUCGAGGGCUCGGGAGGUUCUUUUGGGCACCAUGAGUUCUUCCUAGCUUAUUUGGUUGUGCCUGUGGUCAUCGUCGUCCUGCAGUUCACGGUACUUCCCGCACAGUCUUACAAGACGGUCGGAGAGAUUAUCGAGGAUAUCGACCGACAGGAGAGCGAUGCGCGAAUUGCCUCAAACGAGGAGGCCGUCGAUGAUCAGAUCGACGAGGAAACAGCUCUGCUGCGCGAGGAGCGACGGGAGCAACAGCGCGAGGCCCACGAGCAGGUGGUCCAGGAGAUUGAGGAAUUGCUCGGUUCUGCGAAGGCCGAUAAGCAGGUAAAGCGGGAGGAAGCCAAAAACGAGAUCAGCGGGGUCUGGGGUAUCAUGCACAACAAUACCAUUUCCGAGCAGAUCUCAUCGGCAUGGUUCUGGCUGAUUUGCCUGUUCACCGUCGUGCAGAUGACGAGGAUCAACUAUUUCGUGGCUACCAUUCGGCCGCAAUACCAGGAGAUCUUUGAUUCUGCGGAGAAGGCUGCCGAGAUCAACACGUUCUUCGACAUCGCGCUACCGCUUGGUGGUAUCAUCUCUAUCCCCUUUAUUGGUCUUAUCCUCGACCGUUUGAGCACCGUUACUGUGCUCACGACGCUCGUGUCGGUUGCCACUACGAUCGGCGUGCUUGGCUGUUUGCCUUUCGAGUGGGCCGCGUACGCAAACAUUAUUCUGUUUGUCCUCUAUCGUCCCUUUUAUUACACGGCCGUCAGCGACUACAGCGCCAAGGUCUUCGGGUUCCGCACUUUCGGCACUGUCUACGGGACCAUUAUCUGUUUGUCGGGUCUUUUCAACUUCAGCCAGAGCGGGCUAGACUACCUAUUUCACAAGACGUUCCGUAACGAUCCUAUUCCCGUGAACCUGAUAUUGUUAACAUUGGGACUGGUGAUUGGCGUGGCGCUGGUCGGGUUCGUGUGGUGGAACGUGAGGAGAAUGAGAAGCAAGGUGUUGGCGGGAGGGUACGGAAGAAUUUGAUUCACGUCCAAGGAGUUUUGCUGCAGAUCUUGCGUUGCAUUGGGAUGUCAUAUGGAUUCUUUUGCAUGGGUCAUUUCGAUUUCAUUCUUGCAUAGCAGGGCGUGUUGCAUGUCUACGUAUCUCACUGUCUUCUACUUACCGGGUUUUGGGAGGAAAGGAGUCAAGCAGAGAUUGAUAAAUGGAAGCAGCGUAGUCUCGUGUAGUAGCCUCAAUAGCCAUGUUGUAGUUAAGUGCCUAAUGCGCAAGACUUCGUAUCCACAGCACAGCACCCGAACGCAGCUUUAAGGUUCGAGCGUGCAGCUGUCAAUGCAAGGAACAUACGACACGAGGGGAAGAACCAGGGAUUGCGCAUGCUGUUGAGAAGUAUAAGCAACGCCCAUCUAUACUCUCCAGGCCACGCGUUUAUCACGUUAUAGCUUGCAGGAGACCAACGAGCUGGGGCCGACUAGCUGGAGUAACAUUGACACUGGAC